AAUCCAUUCCCUUUCUCUCUGUAGAUGGGAAGAACUAUUCCCACCGCUUCAAUGGCUGCCAAAUCCACUGCCUUCUUCCUCCUCUUCCUAUUGGCCUUCCACACUCCCCUCCUCCAUGCCUCGCCCAUCAAGACUAUUGUCGUUCUUGUCAUGGAGAAUCGCUCCUUCGAUCACAUGCUUGGCUGGAUGAAGAAACUCAACCCUGAAAUCAAUGGCGUCGAUGGCUCUGAAUCCAACUUCCUCAACGCCGCUGAUCCGAAAUCUCAACAGUUCUUCUUUAAGGACCAGGCUCACUAUGUCGACCCUGACCCUGGCCACUCCUUUCAAGCCAUUCGAGAGCAGAUUUUCGGCUCCAAUGAUACCUCUGCAAAUCCCCCGCCCAUGAACGGUUUCGCUCAGCAGGCUUUCUCCAUGGAUAAUACCUCAGCUAUGUCUGCCGAUGUGAUGAAUGGAUUUCAGCCCGAUAAGGUGGCCGUUUAUAAAGCUCUCGUCUCUGAGUUUGCGGUUUUCGACAGGUGGUUCGCGUCUGUACCGGCUUCGACGCAGCCAAAUCGGCUCUACGUUCACUCAGGGACCUCUGCUGGAGCCACCAGCAAUGUUGCAUCACUCCUUGCCAAAGGCUAUCCACAGCGAACGAUUUUCGAGAAUGUCUAUGAUGCCGGAUUGUCCUUCGGAAUCUACUACCAGAACGUUCCGUCCACGAUGUUCUACCGGAAUCUACGGAAACUGAAAUACCUGAACAAAUUUCACCUGUUUGGUCAGUUCAAGCGGGACGCAAGUGAGGGGAAAUUGCCGAACUACGUGGUGUUGGAGCCACGGUACUUUGAUCUGCCGCUGGAGCCGGGGAACGAUGAUCAUCCAUCGCACGAUGUGUACCAAGGACAGAUGUUCGUGAAGGAGGUUUACGAGACGCUCAGAGCAUCGCCGCAGUGGAAUGAAACUCUAUUCAUCAUCACCUACGACGAGCACGGCGGAUACUACGACCACGUUCCGACGCCGGUCAACGUCCCUAGCCCCGACGGAAUCGUCGGACAGGAGCCAUUUCUUUUCAAUUUUGAUCGGCUUGGAGUUCGAGUUCCUACCAUCAUGAUCUCGCCGUGGAUAGAGAAGGGCAUCGUUGUUCAUGGCCCUAAUGGAUCACCCUCUCCAACAUCUGAGUAUGAACACUCCUCCAUUCCCGCCACCGUCAAGAACAUCUUCAACCUCCCAUCUCCCUUCCUCACCAAGAGGGAUGAGUGGGCCGGAUCCUUCGACUUCAUCGUCCAAAACCUCACCUCCCCGAGAACCGACUGUCCCGAACAACUUCCAACGCCGGUGAAAAUCAGGGACAGCCUCGCGAACGAAUCAGCCAAGCUUUCUGAGUUUCAGCAAGAGCUCAUGCAGCUGGCUGCAGUUUUGAAAGGAGAGCAUAUCCUCAGUAGUUACCCAGAAACCUUUGGAAAGGAUAUGACUGUGAAGGAAGGUAGGGAGUAUAUAAGGGAGGCCGUAAAGAGAUUCUUCGAGGCAGGGCGUUUAGCUAAGGAAAUGGGAGUUGAUGAAGACCAAAUUCUCCAAAUGAAACCAUCUCUUUCUACAAGAUCCUCACCAACACCUACACAAUUGCCUUAAUAAUAAUAGAUGUCAAAAAUGAUACAA